CACUUCCCCUCGUAUUAUUUCACUCAUUUGGACUCGAAGAAUGCUACUCUCAUCCUCCCCUCUCCGCUAAUAAGCUAAAUGAAUGUCGACAAGUGUGUUUUCACAGUGCUCGUGACUGCGUCCCCUCAAAAGUGGAGACCCAUACCGCAACUCAAGGUUGAGCGAAGGCUGGUUUGAACGGAGACUUUGAACAUACAAAAAACAUAAAUGAAAUAAAUUGUCGGAUUCUUAUCACAAUCCUGUGCAGCUGUUAAAGGAGUUUAUGUAGUGCAGGGAGUAGCUAUUUCAGAAUAUGCUGCUGCAUUGUCUAGAUCUAAAAAGUUGGAGGAAUAAAGAUAAAAAGUAGAGAAAUAUGUUCGGUUUUAAAGACGGUGAGUUUUGACUGGGUGACCAAGAGGCUCAUCUCAAGAGAUGGGGCAGCUGCGGGCUGCGAGAAGUGAAACUGCCGCAGUCUGGAUACUGGUCAUCCUCUUGGCUACACAAGAUGUCCCACAAGUGACAUCGUGGCCGGAGUUGAAGACAACUGCCGCACAGGGUAGUGGCAACUGGGUUCAAGAAUCGACAAGCAACUCACACACGCACCGCAAGGACUCGGGUAACAUUGAGCCAUCACAGACGCUGACGAGGCGAACUUCCAGGCGGCAUCACCUGGCAAAUUAUCCGGUGCUUAGUCAGAAGGCUGGUUGUCAUGUUUAUCUGCACCCCGAAGGAGAGUCUCUCGUCGAUUCUGUAUCAUUAGAAGAUAACAGCGGUUCACCGCAAGGGAUGACAACGUGGCCAAGGCUGGUGGAGUGUGCCGAUGCCCUCUGCUUGGUGCAGGCCAUUCUCACCAAGGAACCCCAGAUUGUCGUCACGCGCGACAUUGAUGUUUCUGAAUCCCUGCCGCUUCCUGACAUAACCUCAAAGACAACAAUAGUGGGUACAUGCUCCGGAGAUCCGUGCAUGAUCAACGGUGGAGGCAUGGGUCAGAUUUUCAUUGUUGGCCUCGGCGGAAUGCUAACCCUCAAGCACUUGGAGAUCUGUGGGGGCACCUGCAGUGAAGGAUCGGCGGUCCUGGUGUCGGGCAACAUGCAUGGUCAAGGUGGUCGUCUCUUGGCUCUCAAUGUCCUCUUCCGCAAUAACACGGUGUCCGGGAGCGGAGGCGCGGUCAUGGUGAAAGCGGGAGCUCUCGCCCACAUCCGCAGCUGCGUCUUCGAGGAAAACAAGGCCUCCCGGGGAGCGGCACUGUUCGUGGGAUCAGCUGAGGAGUAUCCCGUGCCCCUCAACGACUCGAGUCAGUGCGGCAUUAAGACGUGCGUCACUGUUGUCGAUACUGCCUUCUGGCGCAACGAAGCCAGCUGGGGAGGCGCUGUUUACGUCGACGACGCUCUCCCUCACUGCCAUCACCUUGGCGGACCCAAAUUCGAGUGUACUACCUGCAGCUUCGUCAACAACACCGCCUGGGUUGAUGGAGGCGCCAUGUUGCUGGCAUUCCUCUCCUCUGGCUCCAUUGCGCAUGUCAAAAUGAGCAGCUUCCUCAACAACACUGCUAAGGCAUCAGGAGGUGAUGUUGAGUUGCAAGCUGGGAUAGAUCACACACACGGAGUAGAAUUCGUGGCUUACAAGACUGAAUUCUCUGGCUUUAGCGGAGUGGGUGGCUUUGCCGUUGCAGUGAAAAGCUUUGCACAGGCCAGUUUCAUCAGAUGCAGAGAGAAGGAUGCGAAUGCAAUUUAUUGCGGUGGUCGGAUAUGUGAAUUUUGUCCCAAACGAGGAGACCAGUACACGAUGGCACCUUCUAAUGGACUAUUUUCUGGCAAUUCUUCGCAAAGUGAAAUGUGUCCACCACCUUUGCCCCCCCUUUGUGAAUGGAUACCUCAGGAGUGCAUACUUCCACCUCCACCACCAUCUCCACCACCACCAUCUCCGCCACCUCCAACACCAAUAGCAGUGCCUCCAGUUUUAACACCAACAUCCACUUGUAUGUGCCCUCCUCCAUCAACCCCACAUACAAAUGGACAUGUUGUUGGAGAUCCUCAUUUUUUUGGAAAACAUGGAGAACGCUUUGAUUUCCAUGGCAAAAACAAUCAAGAUUAUUGUGUCAUUAGUGACACAACGCUACAAAUUAAUAUGCACUUCUUUCAGGGAAUUCAUAAAAGUAGCUCAUUUAUUUCAAUGGUCGGUGUUAUAUAUGAUAAUUAUUAUGUUCUCAUCAAUGUACAUCCACAUUUAAAUGAAAGCCAAUCAAACCUUAUAGGAUCUGUUGUUAAGAUUAACAAUGUGGAACUUCCAAAAGGCAAUGAAUUUAUAAGUCAAUCCAAUCGAAUGACAAUUAGUUAUUAUCCUACUUUCAUUCAUGUUCGUAUACCCAAUGUAAUAGACUUCAAUGUAACAAUCAUGAAGCCUACUUUUGGUAUACAUGGAUCCGGAGCUAAUUAUAUUAAUUUCCAACUGAAAGAAAUUAAUGUUUCUCAUCAAGUGCACGGUAUUCUUGGGCAAACGUAUCAGGAAACAAAAGAAGUCUACAUGAAAUUGCAUCAAGCUCAUGGAAUGACACCAAAACAGGCCGCCAAAGUUUUCAUGGACGGCAGAGAGGAUGAUUAUCUCACCACCGGAAUUUUUGCCGCGGAUUGCAAGUUUGCUGAGUUUCAGGGACAGAAGGGAUUUUCUGCCACAGUGAAGAGAACUCUUCUACAAACGGCAAAGCGAAUCCUGCGAGCUCAGGAGGACGAGGAGCUUGUCAUUGGAUGUGCUGGAGUUGGAGAUCCUACAGCUUUGUGUGUCGAUCUCAUCGACGACUGGAUCAAUUGAAAAAAACGUGUUCAGGCUUUUAGAUAUUUACAUUUAUCAUGUUAACAAAUGAAAGGAUAGAGAAAAAGAAUGAAAGAGGAAGAAGAAGAAGCUGUUGUUCCAAUUUAAAGUCUGAAUGAGAAGCAUUUGUUGAGGUGCGUGGGACUGGUGCUGAAAGCUGAGAUGAACGAUGUCCACCAGGAUGGCUCAUGAUUUGUGAUUGUUCAGUGUUUCUUCUGCCGAGGAGUUCAUUGCUCCAGGAGCGCUGCGUCAAUAGCGUAAAAAAAAUUCCUUACUCGUAACAGCGUCUGCAAACCUCGACAGAAAGAUUCAUGUGCGGCAUCUGUCUGAAAUAAAAUGUACAAAAGCAGAAAGAAAUAUGUCUCUAGCAAAACCCA